GGUUGGCGUAUACGCACGCUUACACAGACUCGCGUUUGAAGCCAACCACUCGAGAAGCCAGUGUGUGUGGGCAUGCCCAGAAAUGACACGUGCGGGAUAAAAAAACCGUGACGCCGGAACGCGUAGCAAUUACGCCGGCUGUUGGUGGAGUGCUAGACCUAUAGAACGUCCCUUCCUUAGCGUUUCGUCUAUUUAAUUUUUUUUUUCGCUACACCGAGAAAGAGCUGCUCGCGGUUCUUGGUCCUGCUGCUUCUCACUCGACGAUGCUGCUGCCGCGGUGGAAGCAAGCGGAAGAAACACACGCCGCUUUCAGGAUGUCUUGCCUCAAGUCGCUCGGCGUCGUACUGGCGCUCCAGGUAGCCGCAGCGUGGGCCACGAGUGUGACGCCGGCUCCAGGCGCAGCCGCAGCAGCUCCCGCUGUCGGCACCGCCGCCGUGAACGGUACACCGCACCACGCAGCGGCCGAAAGUGCGACGGCCUCAGCGGCGGCAGCAGCAGGCCACGGUCAUUUCGACACGACACAGAAGACUCACAAGUGCACCAAUGUUAAGCUCUUCUCGGAAUGUCGGGUGCACUGCGAGUACGUGAUCGAUGGCAAGGGGGCCUACUUCAUCUUCACUGACGGCGAGGAUGGUGUGCCUUGCAAGACCCGGACUCUCGACGGUCAGGUGCUGAACGGUGCUUGCCAGCAGGGGCUGUGCACGGUCAAGGAUCAGGCUGGCGUAGUAGGCCACAGUGCUGUCGGUGCGGCGGCGGCUGGCGUGGCUACGCCUGCCUCCGCUGCAGGGGCCGCCGCAGGAUCUGGAGCAGCCACACCCGGCGUGGCAGCUCACCCGGCCGCUGUUGCUACCCCUGCGCACGUCGCGGCACCUGUCCAUCCAGCUGCCGCCGCCACCGCGAAGCACAAGAAAGCCUGAAAGAGCUUUAGUGUUCCUGGCACUAGGGCAACCCCACAAGACACUGGCCCCCCGAGAUUGCCGAGCGAGCACUCACGCAACUUUCGAUUUUUUUUAAAUUUACAACGCUGUCCCACUUCAUGUUUGUUGGUUCCUUAAGCAGGCGAGAACCCGCCAGGGUGGUACUGUAGUUAUGAUGCUCAGCUGCCGACUGUAAGGUGCCGUGUGGAGAACACAUGGAGCACGAAAUAUAACUAGGACAGACAGAACCAAAAGAGAAUAGAACUAUUUCGUGCUCUAGAAUAGCAGGAAAAACAGAAAGCACUUGCAGUGUUACGCAUGAACUCCGACCAGCCUCGUCGUGGCUAUUGGUGAUAAAUGUGCCACAUGAUUUUUUUCUUCUUUCGCCCGACAAAUGCGCGUCAGCGUGAAAUAUUGCGACGCAUAUGUACCAGAAGGUAACUCAAAGCAAAACAUUCCACUUAAUGUGGUCUGUGUUCCUGUCGAAAAUGGCAGUGCUGUUUUGUCCUAAUACGUGAAAUUAACCUCAAUAACGCAACACUUGUGGUAAAACCGUGAAUUGAUACCACUCCAUUUGAGCAAGUACCAAAUAAGAUAUGUAACUCUGCAAUCUACCUCGAAAGAAGAAAAUAUCGCUGGAGACAACUGAAUACCACGAUUCAUGCAUGGUCCAUCUCAUGAUGAGUGAUUUAAGAAGCGUGUGGGCCACGCGGCAAUCUCGGGGGCUAUCUAAAUAGCUAACGAGACCUUACGAAAUCAUUACAGGGUUGCCGUAGAAGGCACCUGAAGAGACGAGUGAGAUCACAGUGAACAAAAUAUUUUCACACGUACCUUCUACGGUGAACCCUUAUCGUUGCCGGUCUUCAACGAGGUCACCUCAACUGCACGUCAUCGUGUUGUACAGUAAUGCGAUAAUAAAGACGUCGUAUGAUGAUAUAA